AUGGACAGAUUCAACAUCUCUUAAACCAUCUAGCCUAUGACUAUCAGCAUGAUCAAAAAGGGAAUGAAAUCUACAUUACACACUUAAUUGGAUUACGUGAUUAAUGAAGGCCAUCCUAUUAACACCAUCUUAAUUGUUGGCUUCUCUGUUGAAUUGUUGAUUAUCAAUGAAAUACAAGAAUUCCAAGCUUUGAUUGAAGAUAGCACAGGCAAUAUCUAAGUCAUUACUCCCUUAACACAAUAAUAACCCUAUUGGCUAGAUAAACUAAUCCAAGAAAAUCCUAAAUAACCCUCAUAUGUCAGAUGCGUCAUCAUUCCUAAAUAAUUCAAAUAAGAAAUUGUGUUUUAGUGUGUUUACAUGGAAUUAAUCAAAAAUUUUAAUAUUAUCACAUUACAUUUGAUUGAUUGCAUUAAAGCCUAUGAAUAUCGCAAAUCAAUUUCAUAUUUAACUUAAUUAGAUAACAAUUAAGAACAAUAAGAAUUGAUCAAAGCUAAAUCGAUUCAAUAUCAAUCCUCUUGCAUUCUCUAAUUAAUAGAAAAGUAACCCUUGACAAAAGGGAAAAUUUUAGAAAUUACUAAUAUUUCAGAAUAACUAUUUCAAGAAUGCUUAUAAUAUCUUGCUAAUUAAAUUUAGUUAAAUGAAAAUGAUGAAUAUUGUAAACUUUUAUAAUGAAUAUAUAUUAAUAAUAGUUCUAAGUAUUGGAAAUGAAGUCAA